AAACCCCGAUUCCAUUAGAUAACUAGAACACACCAGAUAGUCAACUUCAAUUCGAAAUUUAAACAGAAAUAUUAUACAAAAUAAUUGUAGCUUUAAAACGCCAAUCAUGUUCUGCGAUUGGUUGAACGAAUUGCAGCGUUUCCUGCACUGGGGACCCGUGAUUGUCUUUAGUUUGAUGACCUGCGUGACCUGGACAACCGUACACGUGAAUGCCAUGUGGUGGCCGCCCGCGGAGUCGUUUAACGCUGCCAUCAACUUUGUUCUGAUUGUGUUCUUCAAUCUGAUUACCCUUUAUCACUUUAGCAUGUCGAUUCUGGUGGGACCCGGGCUUCUGCCGAAGCAUUGGCGGCCCGAAAACCCCGAGGACGAGCAGUUCCUGCAGUUCUGCAAGGUGUGCGACGGCUACAAGGCACCGCGGGCGCACCACUGCCGCCGCUGCAAACGAUGUGUCUUGCGGAUGGACCACCACUGCCCGUGGAUCAACAACUGCAUCGGAUGGGCCAACCAGGCAAACUUCUUCUACUUCCUGUUCUUCUUCAUGCUCGGGAGCAUUCAGUCAGCCCUGAUCAUUGGCUUCUCCUGCUACGAAGGCAUCUAUCGCAGGGCCCUGCUAAAGCAGGGCGAUACCAACGGAAUCCGAGUCGUGUUGACCCUCCGCAGUGCCAUGGCAUGCAUGUACAGCCUGGGCAUUGUGGUGGGCGUGUUGCUGGCCACGCUGAAGCUCAUGCAACUGCAGAUCAAGGCUAUAAUCUGGAACCUCUCCGAGAUCGAGGGCUGGAUCGUGAAGAAGGCCGAAUACCGUCGCUACGCGAGUAGUUCGAUUGGAAUUGCCAUUCCCAAAUUCGACUACCCGUACGACAUGGGCGUUUGGCGCAACAUCCUGGAGACCUUCACACCCAGCAACGACGGCAUCAACUGGCCCGUUCGCCCCGGCUGCGAUCAGUACACUAUGACGCGCGAGCAACUGGCCCAGAAGGUGCAAAAGCGGGCCCGCACCCGCACCUACAGGUGCAUAGCAUCGGCCACAGGGUACUGGCUGCCCAUCCUCUCCCAGGGCCUGAUGGUCACCAUUUGUAUGCCCUGCGCUGACGAUCCACGCAUUGUCGUGCACAAGGGCGAUCUCGUGCAGGUGACCCGCGUCCAGGAAUAUUGGCUCUACGGCGAACGGGUGCUCUCCAAGCGGGAGCAGAAGCUCCAGAAGAAGCACCAGCUUAAGGGGCACAUACGCGGCUGGUUUCCGCGCUGCUGUGCCGUCGAGCAGUUCGAUGAGGACCAGUCUGCCGGUGACACUGUGGAUGUCACUCAUAACACCGAUCAGGAGAAGACCAAGACCGGAUCCAAGAUAAAGAAGCGCAAACCUAAGCCCAACACUUUUUCCCUUAAUUAAAGAGCGUGUUGGCGGUGCGUCUAUCGUUUGUUUCCUGCUGGUUAACCAA